GUACUGUGGUUAAGAUAAAAACAACAGCUUCUGAGUGAUUUUACUACCCUACGACAUUUAACGAAAAUUUCCUCUGUAUUUCUUUAAACUAGCUAUGUAGUGUUGAUAUUGAUUAUUUAGGAAAGCAGUGAAUGAUUUGAUUGUGCUUAUAUGUCCACAGUUACAAAAAGACCGUCUCAGCAGCCAUCUGGAAAGAAGAAGGAGAUCACGGGUCGUGGUGUUAAACAUGAACUUACAGAAGAUCAAAAACAAGAAAUCCGUGAAGCAUUUGACCUUUUUGACACUGAUAAGUCAGGAACAAUCGAUAUCAAAGAGUUGAAAGUUGCUAUGCGGGCCCUUGGUUUCGAACCCAAAAAAGAAGAAGUGAGAAAACUCUUGACAGAAUUCGAUUGCGACAACAAAGAUUCUAUUGAGUUCUCUGACUUUCUGAGAAUGAUGUCUGUAAAAAUGCAAGACAAAGAUGCAAAAGAAGAGAUGCUGAAAGCCUUUCGCCUUUUUGAUGAUGAUGAAACUGGGAAAAUAUCUUUUAAAAACCUUAAGCGUGUGGCAAAAGAACUUGGUGAAAAUCUUACUGACGAGGAGUUGCAAGAAAUGAUUGAUGAGGCUGAUCGCGAUGGUGAUGGUGAAGUCAACGAACAAGAAUUUCUUCGGGUCAUGAAGAAAACUAAUCUAUAUUAAACCUUAUUGAUGUACAUAUAUUUCCCAAUAACUAUAAUUGUAAUUUAAACGGAUUACUUAAAUUUUACUCCACAAUUACGUUAUAAAAUAAUAUCUGCCUGAAA